AUGAACUGGAGGCGGCACCGGGGCAGGCGUAGAGCUGGCAAGCACGUGGUGGGGCCCGAGGCACGCAGAGGGUGGCACGCCUGGGAGCCUGUCGCUGGCGCGGUCCAGGAGGGAGGUUCGGCAGCGGGAGGCAGCAUGUCGGUUGCAGGGCUGAAGAAGCAGUCCUAUAAGGUCAGUGAGAAGGUCGGAGGGGCUGAGGGGACCAAGCGAGACCAUGACUUCAGAGAUGGAGGUGUCAUCAAUAAGGCGGUGACGGAAAUGCUGGCAAGGACCAUCAAGUACCUGCGGCCCAACCCAGCCUCGCAGGCUAAGCUGACCAUGCUCAACACGGUGUGCAACAUCCGGGGCCAGGUGAAGAACCCCGGCUACCUGCAGUCGGAGGGGGUCCUGAGCCAGUGCCUGAUCCGCCACCAGAAGGAGCUGGGCAACGAGUCCAACUUCAGUGAUGCACUGUUGGAUGCCGGCGAGUCCAUGAAGCACCUGGCAGAGGUGAAGAACUCCCUGGACAUAGAGGUCAAGCAGAACUUCAUUGACCUCCACCAGAACCUGUGUGAGAAAGACCUGAAGGGGAUCCAGCACCACGUGCAGAAGCUGGAGGGCCGCCACCUGGACUUUGACUAAAAGAAGCAGCAGGGCAAGAUCCCUGAUGAGGAGCUGCGCCAGAUGUCAGGCUUUGGGAGAGGGCAGCAAGACACCAAUGAUGAGAGUGACGUUAUCAGUGCACUAAGUAAUAUCUUGCCUUAUUUCUCAGAAGGAAAUCUAGAUGCAGAAUCAAUAUUGUUACCAUUCGCUAAACUGCUUUUUUCAAAUGGACGAGAUGGAGAUAGUCUCCUGAGUAUUUUGAAAAACAAUAGAAAGAGCCCCUCACAGUCCAACCUUCUAGGUAAUAAAUUUGAACAUCAAAUAUUUCCAAAUAAACUAGAAACUGUUGAACCAUAGGAAAACAGCCUAGCAAGAUUCAAAGUGUAGGCAAAACUUACAGAGAGUGAAGACAGUCCUCAUAGGCCCAAGGAGCAUCCAGAAAAGACACUUCAAAGAGGCGGGAAAGCACAGCACUAGGAAAGAACAGGAUGCCCAGGCACUUGUGGACAAUGCUACCAAAGAAAAAAGGCUUGAGAGUCCAGCCCCAAGGGAGCUGGAACAGCCUCAUGUAGUUCAGGGUCCUGAGAAGGUAGUGGGAAACACCAUCUACACUAAGCCUUCGUUCACCCAAGAGCAUAAGGCAGCAGUCUCCUCUAUGCUGAAACCCUUCUCCAUGGUCAUGCCUUCUGCCUCUAGCCCCGCAAGAGCCCUACCUCAGGUCAGAGACAGAUCGAAAGACUUAGCCUACCCCAUUUAUUGUUAGAAAUUGCAAUGGCUAAGCCAGCAGAGUGGCGCAGCGGAAGCGUGCUGGGCCCAUAACCCAGAAGUCGAUGGAUCGAAACCAUCCUCUGCUAGAAAUUGCAAUGGCUAGUGUCAA